CCCUCUGUGCUCUAUUUUACCAGUUGUGCCCCUGAUGGUGCUGGUGUGAGUCCACAGCACUGUGUAACCAGAUAGCUCAUCCUAGCAGCAGCCUCGAGACCAUUCCAUACUCAGAUUGGAAAAGUACAUGUGGGAUCUGUUUCUGUUGCAAGUGGAAUUGUUAUGAAAGGAUUGUCCUGGAUUUGCACUAGUGAAAGAAACCCAAUUCCCAUCUGGACUAUGUGAGGCAAUAGCAAAUAAAGGAGCAGAUUUCUCAAUGCUGUACUUUAAAAAAUGCAAAGUGACUCUUGAGAAGAGAAUCUCCUCCUCCUUGUGUGGGCUGAGGAAUGGAUUUCCAUGCUCAUCCAACAGGCCAAAAAUACUGCCAGGGGAUGGCUUUGCUUCUGGCUCUUACCAUCUGCCAGAUGAUUUAACUGGGAUAAUCUCAUUUUCUACCAGGAGAUACAACAGGAGGGACUGGACACCUUUAAGCUGAGUUGUUCUCUGUCAUGGUGAGCUGUGCCACACUCAGACCUGCUGAGCAGGGAACUGACUGUCCAAAGGGCAGAGCCUUGGUUAGAGAUCAGUUUGAUCAUCAGCUGAUUUGAGACAAGUUUGAUCAGAGCGAAGUUCAAACCAGUAACAAUCAGUGAGAAAGAGAUAAAAAGUGGGCUCAGCAGAACAGUAGUGGAGGUAUUUGCCUUCCAAGAUCUGGUUUGACAAGAUAAAAAAGAUCCACAGAUACCACCUGUAACAUAAAUACUGGCUUUUAAAUACCACAGAGUGGGAGCAUGGCCUGAACAGAAGAGCACAGAGAACUGAUCGUCAGUCCUUAUUAGCCAGUGCAGCUUUGAAGUUCAAGGUUCUGAGUUUGCUGACUUUUAUUUCAAAGCAUUAUUCACCCCAUGUGCUCCUGAACCUUAAAUGGUCCCUUUCCAUCCUGAAAACCUAUUAAGUCUGUACAGCCUAGAGCUGUACAAGUGAAAUUAUUAAUUUAAGAGAAACACUCAUCACCUUUAUUUUAUUACUACAUAAAUUUACAGGACUGAGAAGGGCUUUGAGUUGAUUACUGCUGUUAUUUUUCUCCCCCACAUUGCUACAGUGUUUUUCCAAAAUGGUAAGUUUGGGAGCUUUUCUUAAAAAAAAACAAAGCCAGAAUAAAUAUUUAGCUGAUGCUAUGAUGUGGCCUUCACUCCAGGGGUCGGGUCACUGGAAGGCAUGUGGAAAGGGACAGCAGCUGGGAAGCUAAAAAGAAGAUGAAGAUUGUAAUCCCAGACAGAGGAAGGCUCUUGGGACUGUGAAAAACUUAUGAUGGGAUGCUCUAGGGAAGAGCAAAGGUGAGGAAAUAAAGGGGAGUUAAUGUCACUCUCCAUCCUGCAUGAGAAGAGGUCCAAACAUCAGUGGCUGGGACAGCCUAUGGUGACAGUCUGUGUAGAUCUGGUUGGCAGCACCCAGAAAAGCAGUGCCUGGUGGGACAGGAGGUUCCUGACAUUGUCCCCAAACCUCACCUGGAGAGAGGUAAAAGAGGAGUUUGAGAAGCAGAAGGGAAAGUGGGUAAAGGAGAAUUGCUGUGGUCCCUUCGGGCACUGCUCCCUGGCCAGGGGCUGGGUGGGACGUUUGGGGACUCUGGACUCCUCUGGUGCCAAGCAAAUGCAGUGACUGAAGCUCUUCUCACUCGUGGGGCAGCUCAGCUGCUUUGCUUUGCACUCAGAGCAGUAACACUUCCACUGUUCAUUGGCAAAGCAGUCCUGGGACACCAUGUGCUGUGGAGGACACCAAAAUGUCAGAGACUUUUCCUGCUCUUGGCUUUUGAGACCAAAUCAGCCCAGCUGUAACCUCCUUGCCUCAGUCCUGUGCUCAUUUCCAACAUCCACUUUUGGUUUAAUUUUUUUCAGUAGGUGUCUAUAGCCUGGUCUUAAAGGCAGAAAUUACAGAGUGGGAUUCUCUGAACAUUUUCCUUACAAAAAAUCUGGGCUCCAUGCAGCUUAGAGAAGGGAAUUUGCUUCAUGCCAAAACCCAUCCACCUAACACAGCAUGGGUGCUGCAAUGAGAUUCCAACAUACCUUCCACCUUAAAAAUCUCUGUUUAUCCAGGGACAAGUUCACUCUGGAGUGCUCCUCAGGGGCAAGGCAAACACUGACAAGCAAUGACAACAGAGGUUGUCAGCUCUGCCUCUGCCUAUCAGCUGAUGGGUGGGGAUAAAAUGCACAUUCCUGCCCCAGCCUGUCUCUAGUCCCAGCUCCCGGCACAGAGCUCUCAUGAUGCUCUGGGUGAUUCUCCUCUGUACCUUGGUGUCAUCACUGCUCGGUGGGCUCUAUGUCCUGGGUGUGUUUCGGAGACGGAGACCUGAUGAGCCACCCCUGGAAAAAGGUACCAUUCCCUGGCUGGGCUAUCUGCUGGAAUUCAGAAAGGACAGCUCAGAGUUUCUCAAAAGGAUGCAGAGGAAGCAUGGGGAUGUUUUCACAGUGCUGAUCGGUGGCUAUUACUUCACUUUUGUGAUGGAUCCCUUCUGCUUUGGCACCAUUGUGAAGGAAUCGCGAUCCAAACUGGAUUUUAGGACUAAUGCAGCUCGGCUGGUUGUGCAGGUUUUUGGCUACAAGCCCACUGAAGCCACUCAAAAUGUAGUUCAUGCAUCGAGCACAAAGCACCUGAUGGGAGAUGGCCUCACUGUCCUCACACAAGCCACCAUGGAGAGCUUUCGGAAGCUGCUGCUUUUCAACCUGAGCUCAGGAGAGAAGAGAGUGUGGCAGGAGGAAAAGCUCUUCCACUACUGCUACAACAUUGUCUUCAGAGCCGGCUAUCUGGCUCUGUAUGGCACCGAGCCACCCCAACGGGCAGGGAACAAGGACAAAGCUGAAGAGCAGGAUCGCCUCCACUCCAAUCAGCUCUUCCAGGAGUUUCGGAAGUACGACCGGUUCUUCCCUCACCUGGCCUAUGCUCUGAUGCCUCCCAGGGACAAAAGAGAAGCUGAGCGGCUUAAGAGACACUUCUGGAACAUGCUGUCUGUGAAGAAGGUCUGGCAGAAGGACAAUAUCAGUGGCUGGAUAAGUGAUCAAGACCAACUUCUGGCUGAAAAUGGUGUCCCUGAGCACAUGCGGGAUCGUUUCAUGUUCAUGCUGCUCUGGGCAUCCCAAGGCAACACGGGCCCAACUGCCUUCUGGCUCCUCUUGUAUCUGCUGAAACAUCCUGAGGCUCUGAAGGCUGUGAGAGAUGAGGUGGAUAAAGUCUCAAGGGAGAGUGGGCAGGAAGUAAAGGCAGGGAGCCCCCCAGUUACUGUCACUAGGGACAUGCUGAACCAGACUCCUCUGCUGGACAGUGCUCUGGAGGAGACCCUGAGGCUGGUGGCAGCCCCAAUGCUGGUCAGAGCUGUCCUCGAGGACACCUGUCUGACGACAAGCAGUGGGACAGAGUUCACCCUCCGCAAAGGAGACAGGGUGGCUCUGUUCCCACACAUCUCUGUGCAGAUGAACCCAGAAAUCCACGAGGAGCCUCACAAAUUUAAAUACGACCGUUUUGUAAACCCAGAUGGCACCAGGAAAGAUUUCUACAGAAAUGGGAAAAAGCUGAAAUUUGUCAACAUGCCUUGGGGGGCAGGAGUUUCUACCUGUCCUGGGCGGUUCUUUGCUACUGCUGAAAUGAAAUUGUUUGUGUUCUUGAUGCUGAGUCACUUUGAACUGGAGCUGGUCAAUGAGGAGGAGGAGAUCCCAGCCAUAGAUAUCAGCCGCUGGGGGUUUGGGACGAUGCAGCCUGUCCAUGACGUUCGGUUCAGAUACCGGCCACGCUUUUAACCUGGGGAUUCCUGGUGGUGUUUGUUCUGGCGUCACCUAUGGGACAGAUUGUCUGAUCCCGUGGUUAUCAGAUCAGUGCAGUGCCAUCAUUGAUAUGAUCUUGUUUGCUCAAUGUUUAUCAUGGCUUUUGUUUUUACCUCCUCCUCAUGUGCUGCUGCUGUGUAGUUGUGUUAGUUAUGGGAUAGAAAUUAAUCUGCACAGAGAUAAAAUGUGUCCUGCCAGGCUAAUCCCAACCCCAUCCUGGGGGCCAUCAGCCCUUUGAAAGCCAAUAGGAACACAAGAUCAGAUUGGGAGGUGGAAACCCAAAUUCAGGGUUUCCAAGGAACAAGGAUUUUAUCCAGGUUCCUCCCAGGGCUGCCCCAGCAGAGCAUCAGGUCCCAGCAUGACUCCCAUGGAGAUGUGUCAUCAGGAACAGCUCUCUGGAUCACUACCUGGCAUAAAGGGGGUUGUGUCAAGGCAGGGGAAACAUCCUAUGGUGUGUAGGGGAAUUUUGGGACUGCACAGAACUUAGGAGUGUUUGGGGGAGGAACCAAAGGGGGAUAAAGGAGGGAUUUUGUCACCCUGAAAAUUAAACCUGAUCUUGUUUUCAUAGUUUCUAGCCACUUUCCCAGGGAAAUAACUAUAAACAU